AAAUCAAACGCGUAGUAAUCUAACACAUAACCAUACUCCGUGUGGUAAUAUAAAAUUAUAAUUAGAACCGACCAUCCCCCAAAUAAAAAUCCCACUUAUACCACAAACUAAAAAAUAUUUUCCACAUCCAAAAAAAAAUAUAAAAAAGCGAACACAAAGAAAAUACAUCCUAGAGUAUAAAAAGUGUUGUUCCACGAUCAUGUACGAUACUUCUGACUUUCAAACGAUAAUGAACUGGUCCGUAUCAGUUUUAUCCGGUAAAAUAAUCGAGCAUGUCUUACGACAUCUUUCAUUGUCCAGUAAUACAUUCGUGGCGACCAAUGAAGCCAAACAAUUGCUUUUUAAUUGGUGACGUGUGUCUCGACAAUUGAACUCAUGAAGUUUGAAAUAAGCGCGUCGAUUAACCAGUACAAUAAUUUAUGAGCGGUCAUUUAGUACCGUUUCAGCCUGUUUCCGCGUGAUUAUUAAUGUGUUCGCUGUCGCGAGUGAUUCACAGAUUUUUUUUCAUUAUACGAACUGAUCGUGGGAGUGAUAGCCGAAGUUUUAGAAAUGCUACUGCGAUCUAGCUUGCGACUUCUUACGGAGGAUAACGUUGAUUCAUCGAGUCGCAGUUGACUUGCACUUAAAGCUAUGGAUGAUGAGGUAAUUGGUGGAGGCCAAAAUAACAAGAGAUUACCAAUGACCCUAAACGUCAGUGGACUGUGGGACGUUGUCCCACGGUUGGAUCAUUAUAGAUUGAGCCGCCGUGCCAAGAGGCCAUCACUGAGCACCCUGCACGAAGGAAAUCUUAUAAAGGACCCGAAUAUAGAAGCUGGUCAAACCGGGACAACGCAGCAAGGACACACGGGAAUAAAGCUAGGAUGGAUACAGGGUGUUCUCAUACCAUGUCUGCUGAACAUAUGGGGUGUGAUGCUUUUCCUACGGCUGUCGUGGGUGGUGGCACAAGCUGGCAUACUGCAGAGUGUCAUCAUUAUCGGAAUAUCGGCGGCUGUCUGCGUCAUCACGACGCUUAGCCUCAGCGCAAUUAGUACUAAUGGGGAAGUAAAGGGAGGUGGUAUAUACUUCAUCAUCUCACGAACCCUGGGAGCAGAAUUUGGUGCAUCGGUUGGGAUUGUUUUCGCAUUCGCUAAUGCAGUCUCAGCUUCCAUGAAUACCAUCGGUUUCUGUGAUUCCCUAAACGAUUUACUGCGAGAACAUAAUCUGAAGAUCAUCGAUAAUGGAGUGAACGAUGUACGAAUCGUGGGUAUAAUCGCUCUGAUCGUUAUGAUCAUGAUCUGUGCGAUUGGAAUGGAGUGGGAGUCGAAGGCGCAAAAUUUCCUCAUAGCCAUCAUUGUUGGAGCCAUUUUCGACUUUUUAAUUGGUACCAUAAUGGGUCCGAGGAACAUAAGUCAAGAAGCCAAAGGAUUCAUGGGAUUUUCCGCUGAAGUCUUCAAGAAGAACUUAGGACCAGAUUAUCGGUUCUCGGAGAACAGCAACCAAACGUUUUUCUCCGUGUUCGCUAUUUUCUUCCCCUCCGUGACCGGAAUUCAAGCGGGUGCUAAUAUUUCCGGUGACCUGAAGGAUGCGGCAAGCAGCAUACCGAUAGGAACUCUGCUCGCGUUGCUAAUCUCUAUGCUGAGCUAUCUGACGUUUGUGCUUUUCGCUGGUGGAGCAGCCCUCAGGGAUGCCGGCGGCUUUAUUGACGCAAACAACACUAUUGUGAACUGUAUUCCGGAAGUUAAUUGCACUUAUGGCUUGCAUAAUAGCUAUUCGGUAAUGCAGCUAAUGUCAGUCUGGGGACCAUUCAUCUACGCCGGUUGUUUCGCCGCAACACUUUCUACAGCUCUAACAAAUUUAUUAUCUGUUCCACGAUUGAUACAAGCUUUGGGAAAAGAUCGAAUUUAUCCUGGACUGAUUUAUUUCAGUAAAGGUUACGGAAAACAUGGUGAACCCUAUCGUGGCUAUAUUCUUACGUUCUUUGUUGCAGCACUGUUCCUCUUAAUCGCAAAUUUGAAUGCAGUCGCACCUUUGAUCUCAAACUUCUACCUAGCAUCCUACGCGUUGAUCAAUUUCUGCACUUUUCACGCGGCACUAAUUCGACCACUCGGAUGGCGUCCUACUUUCAGAUAUUACAACACCUGGUUGUCGUUAUCAGGUUUUAUCACGUGUGUGUCCAUAAUGUUCCUCAUUGAUUGGGUAACAUCGCUGGUUACCUUUGUAAUUAUCUUCGCACUGUACUUAAUAGUCGUUUAUCGAAAGCCUGAUGUGAAUUGGGGCAGCAGUACUCAGGCGCAAACUUACAAAACUGCACUUUCUAUCGUAUACAGGUUGAAUUCCAUCGACGAACACGUGAAAAAUUACGCUCCCCAAAUUUUGGCACUAAGCGGACUGCCUGGCGCCAGGCCAGCCUUGCUGCAUCUGGCAAAUCUCAUCACGAAAAACCACUCGUUGCUGAUUUCCGGAGAAAUAUAUCCGACUCGUCUGUCUUACCGUUUGCGAUCGGUACGAUUGAGGAAUGGCUACGCGUGGUUGCAUCAACAACGUAUAAAGUCGUUCUAUCACGUGGUGGAGGACUUGAGCUUCGAACGGGGUGCGUCGGCUUUAAUGCAAGCAACAGGUGUCGGGAAAUUAGCGCCGAACGUGGUUCUGAUGGGAUAUAAAACGCACUGGGGUACUUGCAAUCAUAAGGAUCUUCAAGAGUAUUUCAACGUUCUUCAUAACGCAUUUGACCAGAAAUUAGCGGUGGCGAUGUUGCGAAUUGCGGAAGGUUUGGACUGUUCCGAAAUCGUGACAGCAAAUGGCGACGAUGAGCAUGGUAUUUUAGCGCAGAGCAGCUAUGAUUUAACGGGAAAUACUUUGAUGCAUGUGGACAGCAAUUUGUCCAUGUCCAGUCAGAUACCGAGGGUUCAGAGCGUGCCAACAAUGGAUGUGUCAGGGACUCAAUUCUCGACUACCGAUGGACCUCAGAUGAUACGAGAUUCGCCUACUCAUGGAAGCGCUCGUGAAUACCUGAAGACCAAACGGAAACAUGCGAUCGAGAAGUUAAUGGAAAAGCGACACGCGAUGACACCUGUUCCUGAACGCUUAGCAAUUUUCCAAAAAAAACAUAAGACUGGAACCAUUGAUGUGUGGUGGUUGUACGAUGAUGGAGGUUUGACGAUUCUGUUGCCAUAUAUUAUUAGCACACGCUCAAACUGGGAGCACUGCAAAAUGAGGAUUUUUGCAUUGGCUAACCACAAGCAAGAUAUUGUGGCACAAGAGAAAGAGAUGGCAGAGAUUAUGGCGAAAUUCAGAAUAAAAUACACAAGUUUGAAGAUGGUGGAUGAUAUCAGUGUUCAGCCUAAACAAGAAACACAAGAUUUGUUUGAUAAACUUAUAUCUGAUUUUCGGAAAAAUGACUCUGCCGAUACAGAUUGCUGUGUAACAGAUCUUGAACUACAAACCCUAAAAGACAAAACACACAGGCAACUGAGAUUACGAGAACUGUUACUAGAAAACUCUAGCCAGUCCACACUGGUUGUAAUGUCCCUGCCAAUGCCACGAAAGGGUGCAGUUUCCGCUCCGCUUUACAUGGCAUGGCUAGAAGCUUUGACCAAAGAUAUGCCACCGACUCUUUUAAUACGCGGAAAUCAUACGUCCGUGUUGACAUUCUACUCGUAGUUCACCGAUAUUAUAUUAAACAAUAAUACAAUUUUAGAAUCUAAAGGUACUUACGUUAAAAAGCGUGGUGAAAAGGUCUACGCGAACGGCGGAGACAUUUUCAAAUAUGAACAGACCAGUAUUCGGUAUAUUCAUGCCAAAAGUUAGUUAGAUAUUAUCAUUUGUUUUCGUUUUUAUACAGUAUUUACCGACGUUGAGCCCAGUGGUACUUAAUGACGAGAUUAUUUUAAUGUAGAAAGACAACAAUAUAGGUACUUACUUCGAUAAAUAAUAAUGUCGUGAAUUUGAUACUUACAGGGCUUUAGGAUACAUUAAAGUAUUUUAGCAAAGGCGUUUUGAAAGUGUGCAGUUUCGUUUAAGUAGUAAUAUAUGGCACGUUAAUAUGUACGUGACUUAUGCAAAUGGCAUGCAGUAUCACUUAAAUACACAGUUCAAUUUUUUAUCGAUUGUGGUAAACUUCUUAGCGACAUAUAUAAUCAAUUAAUUUAAUUAUAUGAUAUUAACAUUUUUAUAAUGGAAGUAAUUCUAUGACAUCAAAGAAAUAGUCCUCACUUCUCAGCAGGAACACAGAGUGUUUUAAACAAAACGAUAAGUGUACAAUAUUUUUCAGAUCCCAGUGUAUUUUUUAUAAUUAUUCCUAUCUACACAAAUUUUUUUAUUAGGAUUUCAAUUGCAGUACGAAAUAUUUGUACUUAAAAGUAAUAAUGACUUAUAUAUUUAAAAUGGUAAUGAAAACUAUUGAAGUAUUUCACAGAAAUAAGAAAUGUUUUUUAGAUAAACAUGUAUUGUUCAUGAAUUGAAUGUAAAGUUAAAGAAGUAUAUAAUGCUUUUAAAAUAUUUCUUAGCUAUAGAAUAAAAGUGUAAGGACAAAGCUUAGCUGCAUAUUAUUUUCAAUUAGACUUCUUCAAUUUAGAAGCUAGAUAUAUUAUUAUUUUACACUCACGUGUAAAUAAUUUAUAUUAGUAACAUAAUAUGGAUUAUGAAUAACAUUGUUCAACACUUAUUUGGGCCAUUAAUAUUCAAUAAGCAUUUCAUGGAGAUCUUUGUACACUGAAUACGAAUCUAAAAACAUUCUGUAUAAUUAUGCAAAAGUAUUUAAAAAAAGAAAGCAUAAGAAAUUAUCGUCUCUUUCUUUGAAAAUCUUCGAACGACCAAAUUAUUGCUAUCCUUGUCUCUUCUGCAAGAAGAGACUCGCCAACUCCUGAAUGGAGUUUCUCAGUUUCACCGCAAGAGGUCACUAACUUAGAAAUCUUAAAAACUGAAAAUGUAUACUUUUUCCUCAAAUUCGAAACCAUUUAUAGAUUCUUAUUCAGCACAUAUUUUAAGAAAAGUUAAAAUUUGUUGAUUGAUGUAAUCCUUAUCAUCUAUAAAACAAUAUUAUAUCUUUCUUUUCUAAGGAAUCAAUAUACUUAGUGAACACAAAAGUAACUUUGAUGUAAAACAACAGAGCAAUUACCUUAUAGAUAA